AUGCUAAGUAUAGUAGAAGUUUUCCUAAUUUUUGUAGCAAUUAGUGAGUCAAUAUUGGGGGUUCUAGGGAAUGGGUUUAUUGGAAUUGUCUAUUGCAUUGACUGUGUGAAGAACAAGAAGUUUUCUAUGAUUGGUUUUAUUCUCAUGGGCUUAGCAACUUCCAGAAUUUUUCUGAUAGGGCUAAUAAUUACAGAUGGAUUUAUAAAGAUAUUCUCCCCAGAUAUGUAUGCAUCUGGUAAAUUAAUUGACUAUAUUAGUUACUUGUGGAUAAUUCUCAAUCAAUCAAGUAUCUGGUUUGCCACUAGCCUCAACAUGUUCUAUUUCCUGAAGAUAGCAAAUUUUUCUCACCACAUUUUUCUCUGGUUGAAGAACAGAAUUAAUAGGGUUCUUCCCCUUCUGAUGGGAUCCUUGCUUAUUUCCUGGUUACUUACUUUUCCACAAAUUGUGAAGAUUAUGAAAGUUCAUAGAAUGAAGAAUAACCACACAGCCUGGAAGAGCAACAUUAAUACACGUGAAUUCAUUACUAACCAGCUAUUAUUCAAUCUGGGAGUAAUAGUCUUCUUUAUACUAACCCUGAUUACGUGUUUCUUGUUAAUCAUUUCCCUCUGGAGGCACAGCAGGCAGAUGCAAUUGAAUGUCACAGGAUUCAGAGACUCCGGCACCAAAGCACAUAUGAACGCCAUGAAAAUUUUGAUAUCUUUUGUCAUCCUCUUCAUCUUAUAUUUUAUAGGCAUUUCCAUAGAAAUAUCAUAUUAUACUAUGACAGAAUACAAAUCGUUGCUUAUUUUUGGUAUGACAAUUGCAGUCAUCUAUCCCUGGGGCCACUCAUUUAUCUUAAUUCUAGGAAACAACAAGCUAAAGCAAGGCUCUUUGGUGAUACUGCAGCAAUUAAAGUGCCGUGAGAAAUAG